AAUAUUCUACUCUAUGUUUCUCCAUCACUUUCUUGCUUAGUAUCUACGUUUUUGAAUAUGACAAACUGAUAGGGAGAGGUUAGAUACUGUGGUUAGAGUUUUUUUUUUCCUUUUAAAUUCUUGAAAUAGGGAACCAUAGUUGUUUAUUUUUGUCAUUUGUCUCUAAAUUCAAUUGUCUCGAUAACAGAAUUUGCAGUUUGCUAAAAAUAAAACCAUAUCAUAUUUACCCACUAAACUAUAGCAUAUUCCAAAACUGGCCACACAUAUAACAACUAACCAAUUCUCUCUUUCAUUACCUUUUUCUCUUUUCUUUCACCACAAGCUAUCCAACAAACUCUUUUUCGUUUUUUCUUAUUUUUGUUCUUCCUCAUCCCUCUCUCUCUCUUCUCUCUCUCCUUCCCACCCAGGAGGGAUGGAGAUAAGAAAGAAGCCAAACAUAUGCCCGAUUCCCAUCUUUGUUAUUUCUCCAAAGCCUUCCAUGGCUCUCCUCCUGGCUAUUCUCCUCUUCCUCUCAGGCCCUGCUGCCGCUGCCGUUGGACCUGCUACCGGUUUCAAACCGGCAGAUGAUAUCCUCAUUGAUUGUGGAAGCAAAUCCUCAUCCAAAACCCCUGAUGGAAGAGUCUUUAAGAGUGACCAAGAUACGGUCCAAUACAUAGAAGCCAAGGACGAUAUUCAGGUCUCUGCCCCACCUUCAGACAAGGUCGCUUCUCCUAUCUACCUAACUGCAAGAAUCUUCCGUGAGGAAGCCAUCUACAAGUUCCAUCUAACCCGACCUGGUUGGCAUUGGGUUCGCCUCCAUCUCUUGGCCUUCCCUAACGACAAGUUUGAUCUCCAACAAGCAACUUUUUCCGUUAUGACCGAGAAAUAUGUGCUGCUUCAUAACUUCAAGAUUACUAACAACAACAAUGAUAGUCAAGCUGUUCUCCAGAAGGAGUAUCUCGUCAACAUCACGGAUGCACAAUUCUCCCUCAGGUUCAGACCUAUGAAAAGCUCUGCAGCAUUCAUCAACGCUAUCGAAAUUGUCUCAGCUCCAGACGAACUGAUCUCUGAUAUUGGCACAGCCCUUUUCCCGGUCAACGGUUUCUCGGGUCUGUCUGACUAUGCUUACCAGUCUGUUUACAGAGUCAACGUUGGUGGUCCUUUGAUUGUGCCUCAGAAUGACACAUUAGGAAGAACAUGGAUACCGGAUAAGGAAUUCUUGAAAGAUGAGAAUAUGGCCAAAGAUGUCAAGACAACCCCUUCCGCAAUCAAGUACCCUCCUGGAGUUACGCCUUUGAUUGCUCCACAGACGGUUUACGCAACAGCUGCGGAAAUGGCUGAUUCUCACACCAUAGCUCCUAACUUCAACGUCAGCUGGAACUUCCCUUCGAACCCCUCGUUUAACUACCUUAUUAGGCUUCAUUUCUGCGACAUCGUUAGCAAGUCUCUCAAUGACUUGUACUUCAAUGUCUACAUCAACGGGAAAACUGCCAUCUCUGGGCUAGAUUUGUCCACUGUUGCAGGCGACCUCGCAGCUCCUUACUACAAAGACAUUGUUGUGAACGCGACACUUAUGAGUCCUGAGCUGCUAGUCCAGAUUAGUCCCAUGGGAGAAGAUACAGGCACUCCGAACGCAAUCUUGAACGGAGUUGAGGUUUUAAAGAUGAGCAACUCGGUGAACAGCCUUGACGGAGAGUUUGGAGUUGAUGGGAGAACCACUGGCAUGGGGAAGCACGGUAUGGUUGCGACGGCGGGGUUUGUGAUGAUGUUUGGAGCUUUCGUUGGACUUGGAGCCAUGGUUUACAGGUGGAAGAAGAGGCCACAAGAUUGGCAGAAGAGGAACAGUUUCUCCUCUUGGUUGCUACCUAUACACGCUGGUGACAGCACUUUCAUGUCAAGCAAAGGCGGUUCUCAAAAAUCCAACUUGUACAACUCAACUAUGGGACUCGGCCGCUCUUUCUCCCUUUCGGAGCUUCAAGAAGCCACAAAGAACUUCGAAGCGUCUCAGAUUAUCGGUGUUGGAGGAUUCGGUAAUGUCUAUAUUGCAACUCUCGACGAUGGAACCAAAGUUGCUGUCAAGCGAGGUAACCCGCAGUCUGAACAAGGAAUCACCGAGUUUGAGACAGAGAUUCAGAUGCUUUCUAAGCUCAGACACAGACACUUGGUCUCCUUGAUUGGUUACUGUGAUGAAAACUCAGAGAUGAUCCUAGUUUAUGAGUUCAUGUCCAAUGGUCCAUUCAGAGACCAUUUAUACGGAAAGAACCUCGCUCCCUUAACCUGGAAACAGAGACUUGAGAUCUGUAUCGGUUCAGCACGUGGGCUUCACUAUCUGCACACGGGAACAGCGCAAGGGAUUAUCCACCGUGACGUCAAGUCAACCAACAUUCUUCUCGAUGAUGCUUUAGUUGCCAAAGUAGCUGACUUCGGUCUUUCUAAAGAUGUAGAAUUUGGCCAGAACCAUGUCAGCACGGCCGUGAAAGGAAGUUUCGGGUACCUUGACCCUGAAUACUUUAGAAGACAGCAACUUACUGAUAAGUCUGAUGUUUAUUCCUUUGGUGUCGUUCUUCUAGAAGCUCUCUGCGCGAGACCAGCCAUCAAUCCUUCGCUACCAAGAGAACAGGUUAACUUGGCUGAAUGGGCUAUGCAAUGGAAACGAAAAGGAAUGCUCGAGAAGAUCAUUGAUCCUCAUUUGGCUGGAACGAUAAACCCUGAAUCCAUGAAGAAGUUCGCUGAAGCUGCAGAGAAGUGUUUGGAAGAUUACGGUGUUGAUAGGCCAUCAAUGGGAGAUGUUUUGUGGAACUUGGAAUAUGCUCUUCAGCUUCAAGAAGCAUUCACUCAGGGCAAAGCAGAGGAGACUGAGGACGGUGAGCCACUAACACCUGCCUCGGUGGUUCCGCCAGCGGAUACAACUCCAAUCACUCCUGCACCCACCACCACCAACGCAGCGGCUAGUGUUUCUGUUGCUUCUAAGGUGGAAGAGAACAAUGGUGCAGCCGAGGUUCAGGGCGUGGACGAACAUUCUGGAACAGCCAUGUUUACUCAAUUUGCUAACCUUAACGGAAGAUAAAUCUUAACUAACAGAUACAAAAGAAGAGAGAAAAAGCAUGCACCAAAGCGAAUUUCUUGUCAUUAACAGUAAUUGAAAUAGAAAAAUGACUUCUUAAGGCUUUAUGUUUAUGUUUCUAUGGUGGUCAUUAACAGGGAACCUGUGUGAUAUUUUUUUAUAUUUUUGGUGUGUAUUAUGUCAAAUCUAUCUUCUUCUUCUUCUUUUUUUUUUGUAUGGAAUUGUAAUUUUGUGGGUGGAUAUGUAUACUACUAAAUGCUCUGAUGCAUUUAUCUACGUAUCCUCCUUGGUUGUAGUUAUUAAUCGUAGGUUGCUAAUACAACUUCACAUUGAAACUUAAGUGUGUGUGUGUGUGUGUGAAGAAUCUUCCUAAAAUUUAGAGCAGCAUUGUCCCACACAAAAAAAAAACUCUGUUCUCGUAGAAGUUAUUUAUUGGUUUUACGGUCUGUACAUAUUUUUCAGACCAAGGAUUAGAAUAAAGUUUGGGUACUUUCUGUGCAAAUGAACUUCUCUCUAGUUGAAGCUGCUGUCACAUUUCAAACUUAAGUAGCUAAAUUAAGAAAAUGACCUCAAUGUUUUGUGUGUAUCAUUAACUAUUUGGAUUUAAGCUUUGGUGUUUGAUCUAGAACCUAUGUUAGAUAAUCAUCACUAUACCAUUUCUAAAUAAUCUCUACUCAUUAUUUUGUAUGGAUGAUCGUAAAAAUGUUUGGGUAUCAAACUCUUACCAAGUGUUUGUAGGAGAGGAAGUAUAGGUGAGAAAAGAUUAGGGUCAGUCACAGAUUAUGCAAAAAAAUUUGAGAACUAUGAGAGCAUGAUAAAAUAAACGAAGCCAGAAAUAGAAACCAUUCCCUUCAAUUAAGCAAACGUCUUCUCUUUUUCUCUUUCAUUUUCCUUUGGUAAGCUUAUAUAAAUAGAUAGCCAAAGGAGCCAAAGUUUUUCUUGUUUUUGUUCUCUCUCUCUCUCUAUCUAUGAACUAUGGAAAACAUAAGUGAGCUGGUCGCUUUUGACAUGGGAGGGCUAAGAAACAACCUUCCCAAAAAGAGAGGAUUGUCAAGGUUCUACUCGGGUAAAGCAAGAUCAUAUGUUUGUAUCUCAGAUGUUAAAUGCCUUGAAGAUCUCAAGAAACCAACACAUCCUCUUGACGAGGACGACGUUGAUGAUGCCUACAAGAAGAGGAAGAAGAAGAAUAGGCAAUCAUCUUCAUCUUCGUUUUCUGCAGCAGUUAACAGCAAUGUUAAUUAUCAAAACUACCCGUGUCGUAGAGUCUCUAGUAGCACCCAUUGUUCCACACCUUGUGUUGGUGCUUAGUUUUUUUAUCUUGUCUUUUUUCAAAACAGUUUCUUAAUUUACCACACCUUCACCAGUCCCCCUUUGGCUUAGUUUCUUAAUUUCCUAAUACUCAAACAUAGAUUUGUUCACUUCACAUGCUAUA